AUGAAGGCCACAGCAGACAGAUUCCCCUUGAGGCAUAUCAGCGCGUCCGAUCCAGAACAGGAGAAGUCACAACCCACGACCUACGCGGUGGCAGAUUGCGGGUGGAAGCGGCCUGCUUCCUCCAGAAGUUUACCACGCAGUAAUGCCGAGCACAAGAAUUCUUGGAUACAACAUUCCACGCUGUCAAAGGAAGUCAUGGCUACCGUCAGUCAUGUCAUCCGGUCAGAGUACGACCCAGCAGACCGCGAAAGGCUCGAGCGCGAAACAGGCCAAGUACUCGAUGGCGACAGCUUGACAGACCCGUGGCAGACAGAAUCAUCUUUCUCUGCCCAACGUCGCCUUCGUGCGGCGCCAUCCUUUGUCCCAGCUACGAUACCCUAUGACGAGUGGGGACAAAAUCAUUCGUCGCAGUCUGCAGAUAGACUAUCUGUGACGACGAUCGGCACAUCUACGGAUACUACCACAAAUUGGUAUAGAUCUCUCGUUAGGACUAAAACAUCAACCCCACCCAAAUCGUUGACACCCUUGCCGCCACGUCCCUGUAUAGCUCCACCACCAGAGGACGUAUCAGUAUCAGUACGAAAGAAAACGUUGCGAGAAGGUAUCAACAAAAACAACUGGUUCAUCGCCCAAGCAUUGCGCUCUGAGCCUGACAUGAAUGUGCCUUCUCCCCCACCGUCAUUGGCGGACAUUCUCACUCGUGACCCUCCACCUUUACCCUCUCAGGGACGGUACAAGCCACCUGUGUGGCUGCAUAUCGGUCCGACGAAUAAAGGAUUUGCGAUGUUACAACGCAGUGGUUGGAGUGAAGGCGAGGGUCUUGGUGCUCACGCAGCAAGACGGACCGAAGCCGUAAAACUCGGCAAGGAGGAUGUAAAAGAUGCGCCGUCUCUGUCGGCGUGCCAUGAUAACGUGGGUCUCGCCAAGGGAAAGGAUCCGAGUGUGGUUGCACCCGAAUGUGCAGCAACCAAUGUCAUUGAUCUUACUCAUUCGGAUUCUGAAUCGGAAGAAGAACCGGACGAAGACCCCGAGACAUUGGAAGCUACUACCAUGCACGAACGAGCGUCCACUCAAUCACUUGAUGAAGCUUCUGCGCCUCAUUCGCAGAAGUCCUUGCUCACUCCCAUCCCAACGGUGCUCAAGGUAGACAGACUUGGAAUUGGCCUGAAGGCAAAAACCGAGGGACCCUACAAACGGUCGAAGAAACGCGUCACACAUAACGCGGCCGCACUGGCUGCACAUAUUCAGGGCAUCUAAAGAGAUGCAGAGGAAGAAGGCAGAAGUCGGCAGAGGGAGCAAGGGCUUUGCCAGAUUACAUAGACGGGAAGAAGAGAGACGAAAGUCGAUGUUAGCAUACCUCAACGAAUAAGACAACCCAUUUGCAGCAUCAAUCACUUAUUAUAGUCUUCAUUCCAUUGUGACUUAUGGGGUAUGAGUAGAUACAACGUUGCAAGUAUCGUUUGAUCCAAAUGCUAAUAAAUACCUGCCUCGAUUGUAGUGGGCAUUCUGUUUGUCUGGGCUGAAAAAUAUGCGGCAGUGUAAAAGAGAAGUGAAAAUGAAAAGAUGUAUGGUUGUUGGGUCUUGAUGAUGAUUAGUCCAGCCCGCGACAUCAGGGUAAGAUGGAAUCACCCCAGAUGCUCUUCACGGAUUCACAACGGACGUCACGCACGUACAUACGUAGCCACUGAACCAUCUCCUUGCUUAUCUGAUGGCAAC